UGCAAGGUUAAGGUUAGGCGAGGAAGAGCUGCUAUAUGAACCCCGCAGCUCCCCACCUGCUUUCCUCUCUUUCUUCCCCUCUUCUCUUCUCCCACCACGAACGACAUUUUUAUCAAUUGCUCAUUCAGCUCAUCUCCAAAUUUAACUUCCACCCCACGAUGUAAUUACUAUCUCAUCCUCUCCCAGCCGGGAGAUGGAAAGCCAUGGAAUUCUUUUGCUACUCGCUGGGCUCAAUUGCAUCAGCCUUUGAUCAAGGUACUUACGGUAUAGUCUGUGCAUGAACCGGUGCUCGCAUCCUAUCCAUGUGGUAUCAUCUUCGUGAUGAGAGCGUCCAUCUGCUUGAAGCUGUGGAUGCCUUCCUCUGGCUCUAGGAUCGGGCUGAAAUCAUACGGUCACAACUUGAUCUGGAUAAUACCAGCGAAAGGAUCAUGCUUUCUAUCUUCCCUGACCUUCGGUAUCAGGGAAUGCUAACUGUGUUCAGAAACUCGGACAAGAUGUCUCCUCCAGCAGCUCUCUUCGAUACCUCUGCCACUGCUACCCCUAGCAAUGGCCUCAAGGGUAAGCUUGCCCCUGAGCCGGUCGUUUUGAAUGGCCAGACCCAGCAGGCGCAGCUUUUGGAGGAAUUCGGUGGCAAAUGGGACACUUUCAAGUUUGCUCCUAUUCGCGAGAGCCAGGUCUCCCGUGCCAUGACCCGUCGCUACUUCAGUGACCUGGACAAGUAUGCUGAGAGUGACAUUGUCAUUGUCGGUGCUGGAUCUUGUGGUCUUAGCACAGCCUAUGUUCUCGGCAAAGCUCGUCCGGACUUGAAGAUCGCCAUUAUCGAAGCCAAUGUCUCUCCUGGUGGUGGGGCUUGGCUUGGUGGGCAAUUGUUCUCCGCCAUGGUUAUGCGUAAGCCUGCUGAUGUGUUCCUCAAUGACCUCGGCGUUCCGUACGAGGAGGACGAGUCCAAUCCCAACUACGUCGUAGUCAGGCACGCCGCACUCUUCACCUCUACUUUGCUUUCCAAGGUCCUUUCGUUCCCCAACAUCAAGCUCUUCAACGCCACUAGUGUCGAAGACCUCAUCACCCGUCCCGGCCAGAACGGUAUCCAGGACACUCGUAUUGCUGGUGUUGUCACCAACUGGACCUUGGUCACUAUGCACCACGAUGACCAGUCCUGCAUGGACCCCAACACCAUCAACGCACCUCUUGUCAUCAGCACCACCGGACAUGACGGUCCCUUUGGCGCAUUCUGUGCCAAGCGCCUUGUCUCAAUGACCGCAAUCGAGAAACUCGGUGGUAUGCGCGGUCUGGAUAUGAAUGCUGCGGAAGAUGCGAUUGUCAAAAACACUCGUGAAGUCACCAAGGGCCUUAUUAUCGGUGGCAUGGAACUUUCUGAGAUUGAUGGUUUUAACCGCAUGGGUCCUACCUUCGGAGCUAUGGUUCUUAGCGGCGUCAAGGCUGCUGAGGAGGCCCUCAAGGUUUUCGAGGUCCGCAAGCGCGAGUGUGCAGAGUGAAUGUAUUCCUCUGCGUAGGCAGAUUCAAUAAUUCAAUAUCAGGGAAUACUGUCUUUUUUGAUGAAAUUCUCUCUGAUUACCGUGUUGUUUAGUACUAUCAAUCAAUCAAAUUGAAUACUUGCAAAGAAUAGCAAUU